AUGAAAAUCCUGCUUGGUGACCUCCUGCUGCUCAGCCUCCUCUCCAGCGUGUUCAGCAGUUGUCAGAGGGACUGUCUAACGUGCCAGCAGAAGCUCCACCCGGCCCUGGACAGCUUCAACCUGGAGACAUGCAUCCUCGAGUGUGAAGAGAAGGUCUUCCCCAGCCCUCUCUGGAGUCCCUGCACCAAGAUCACAGCCAAGGGCUCCCGGAAGCUCAGCCCUGCUGACCCUGAGCAGGUGGCGGCCACCCUUUACCAGCCAAGAGCCUCCGAGAUGCAGCACCUGAGGCGGAUGCCCCGUGUCAGGAGCCUGUUCCAAAGGCAGGAAGAGAUGGAACCCAGCACCCUUGAAGCUGGCGAGGUGGAGCAGAAGCAGCUGCAGAAGAGGUUUGGGGGCUUCACUGGGGCCCGGAAGUCAGCCCGGAAGCUGGCCAACCAGAAGCGGUUCAGUGAGUUUAUGAGGCAGUACCUGGUCCUGAGCAUGCAGUCCAGCCAGCGCCGGCGCACCCUACACCAGAAUGGUAAUGUGUAG